AUGGUGUCUAUUGCACUUCUCAUCUCUCUCACUCCUGCUCUCGUCUCUGUACGCCUCCUACACCAAUACCCAUUAGGGCAUUUUGUAGAAAAUAUUGCCGUCCGCCCGAAUGGCGAGCUACUGGUCACUCUGCCGUACAUCGCCGAAGUACAUAGCAUCAAUCUUCUGCACUCUGAUCACACUCCCAAAGUAGUCCACAAAUUCACAGGAAUCAGCAGCGUUUUUGGCAUCACUGAGUAUGAUCAUGAUAUAUAUGCUGUGAACGGCGGCAACUUCACGAUUGAAGAUGGUUCUGUUCUGGGGUCUCAUCGCGUCGAUUCCUUGGACCCGACCGGAUUUAAACCCAAGGCGACCAAGAUUGCAGACUUUCCGACUGCACAGUUCCUCAAUGGCAUGACAUUUCUGCCACGCUGGGGCCAAGGACCGCGCAAUGUGCUCGUCAAUGAUGUGCUUGGCGGUGUUGUUUAUCAUCUUGAUCCAAUCUCUGGGGAUUAUCAUAUCGCUCUCAACAAUACCUAUACGCAAGCCCACCAGCACCCAGUCUUAGGGUCUUUCGGCGUGAACGGCAUCAAGAUCGGAGACGGGAUGGUAUACCUUACCAACACUGGACUGGGUGUACUUGUGCGAUUCCCCAUUCACCCCAACGGAACAGAUGUUGAAGGCGGCCCAGUCGAGAUUCUGUCCCGUCAGGAUAAUUCGACAUGGUUCUACGACGACUUUGCACUUCGGGAUACCACAGCAUAUGUCACAACCGGCUCCGGGAAUUCCAUUGAGCGCGUUGUUGCGCCACUUGUCGGCGCGCGAGGUCCAAUUAGCACAGAUGUCGUGGCUGGAAGUCUCAACUCUACGGCUGUGGCGGGGCCGACUUCUGCUGCUUUCGGCCGCACUCACAAGGAUCAUCACAUCCUCUAUGUGACAACGAGUGGUGCUGCGAAUGUGCCAGUUGAUGGAACAGUCAAGGUUGGCGCGCAGGUUCUGGCCAUUGAUAUAAAAUCAUUCAUUUGGUUUUAA